CUUUAAAGAAAAAUAAUCGUUCAAAAUUAGAAACAAAUAGUACAUAAAAAGGAAAAAAGAAAAAACUUAGAAUGAAAAGCAUAAAAACGACAAUUUCAUAUUUUUCUUUCUUUAAUAAUUAAUUAUUAUCCCAAUUCCCAAUUCCCACCUUCACCUCUGUGAAAUUCAGCGAAUCAAACCCUAGAAACUACACAAAAGGAACGAUUUUUUCAACCUAAUUGACGAAUCGAGCUCUGCUACUUGUCUGUCGGGCACCACAAGCCACAAAUACGAGCAUAAUUGCUCGUAGCUACACGCACUAGCUGCCAAUAGAGAUGGACCACGAAGGGCACCACGAGCAAGACGACGAUGUCUACGGAGGCGAGCUGCCUGAGGAGGCUUACAUGGAGUCAGACUUCGAGCCUUCUGCUGAUGCGGAAGGGUAUGCAGAGGAUGACUCCAAAGGCAAGGACUUGGAGAGUAUGAAGAAGAGAUUGCAGGAGAUAGAAGAAGAAGCUGGUGCGCUGCGCGAAAUGCAGGCCAAGGUUGAGAAAGAGAUGGGGGCAACUCAAGUGUGCUUACGCCAACAUCAGGAUGAUAUCGGUCUAAAUGAUUCAGGUGGGGCCUCUGCUACCCAAGCUGAAAAGGAAGAGGUGGAUUCUCGAUCCAUUUAUGUUGGCAAUGUGGACUAUGCAUGCACACCUGAAGAGGUGCAGCAACAUUUUCAGUCUUGUGGAACUGUGAACAGGGUCACUAUCUUGACCGACAAGUUUGGUCAACCCAAAGGUUUUGCUUACGUGGAGUUUGUUGAAAUUGAGGCUGUUCAGAAUGCUCUUCUGCUUAACGAGUCAGAACUGCACGGCCGUCAGCUGAAGGUGUCAGCUAAGAGAACUAACGUUCCUGGCAUGAAGCAAUUCCGGGGAAGGCAUCCCAAUCCCUAUUUUGGGUCAAGAAGGCCUUUUAUGUAUGCUCCUGGCUACCCUCCUUAUGGCUAUGGGAGGAUUCCAAGGUUCAGACGUCCUAUGCGCUACAGACCGUAUUGAUGAGACUCCAAAUGGGGCUCACUGCAAAUGGUAGAGGAAAUGAAUUCUGCACGAGCAGUUUGACCUGCACUCUUGUGAAGUUAAUUUAUACACCAUUUCCUUGUUAGUGUGCCAUCUUCGAGUUCAGAUUUAGACAUUUAGUUUGGUACUGAAACUUUCUUUUCAACUUCAAAUUGCAACAUUGUUGUACUAUUAAAAGCUGCAUUGCCAAAGCACAACAGCAUAUAGGCAACAAGAGAGAACCUAAGUAUUCUCUUUUGUUGUGGAAUUGUACUUUAAUUUGUGUUGUUUUUAUAUUCGGUGGAUCGUCUUUAGCAUUUUAUGGUUGAUGGCAUAUUAUUUUCUUCAAUUCCACUGCUUUUGCGGCCAAUGCGGUUCUUAGUUCUCGACUUUGGUAUGAUCAUGGAUUUGAAUAGGGCAACAUUUAGGACGUAAUAGUGAGAGUUCUCUUUUUUAUUAUUUGGUGGUAUUGAUUCAAAUCAACUGGUGACUAUCUAAUGUUACUCUCCGG